UUUGCUCUCCAAAUUAAAAUGUGUGAAGGUCUUGGGUUUUGUGAGAGCUCAUAGUGACUUCUGAACAAGCGAUAGGAUAUAACUAGUCGAUUAAUGUGGUUGUUUAAUGGCGUUAAUUGCCCGAAGAGGAUAGUGAAACGAUGUUUGCUGUUGUAGAUUAAUAGCAGAAGAUAUAAAGUCUAUAACAAAGCAGAUUAUGACAUUCCCCGGGCACAAUGAUCACCUGUUAGGAUGGCGGCGGCAUGGAAAGCAUAACACAUCUGCAGAAAAGAUGCAUCUGAGGAAUGAUGAUAUUGAUCAGUGGAGGAAGCGUGUGGAGAUGGCCUCUGAGUUUGCUGUGUCUGAAGUCCUCUCCCCCAAGAAACCUCAUUCUGGUACCAAUCACCUGGCUGUAGCUUUGCAAAGCUCCGACCAGUUAAAAGAUCACAAUGAUGCUUAUAGCGAGGCUCAGGCUCUUUUAGAUAAUUGGCUGAGCAGCAAAUUGCGACUGGAGCUAGAGAUGGAUGAAGAUGACCUGAUGAGCCCUGCUGAGAGAAGGAGCCCUGUUCCAGUGGCUUCUUUUCAGCCUAUGGUCCAAACCUACAGCAACUUUGAUGACUUAUACAACUACCUGGCUGAGAAAGAAGAACACAGCACCGUUAGUAACUUCUUACAAGGUCUGAUGAAGCAAGAAGUGCUGGAUUCUGGGAUGAUGGAGCAACUGACUCUUGAUGUUGGCCAAACAACGAAAAAGUUCAGAGAUCCAGUCACCACCAUGGAAGCACGACACCAGCAGGUGCGAGAGAACAAGGCUCGGCGGGAUGCUGAGAGGCAGAGGCAGCAGAGGGAGAAGGAGGCUCAGCGCGCAGCCAGAGAGGAGGCAAAGAGGAGGGAGCGACAGGAGGAGAUCAGGAAGAAUCAGGAGGCGCGCAGACAGGAGGAGAUGAUUCAACAGGAGAUGGUGAGACUGCGUCGGCAGAUGGAGGAACAGAGAUGUAUGGAACAGCUGGCUCGACAGAGGGAAAGAGAGCAGAGGUCAGUCAAGAGCCCACCGUCAGCUCCUCUGCUCCUCACAAAACAGCAGCAGCAGCAGGACCCAAAACAACUGCACAAAGAGCAACAAAUACAAAUCAUGCUUUGUAUGCACAACAUAAAGUGUGUGCAGAAGCAUUUUUCUGGAUGGUAUUCAGUAGUGUUGAACCAAAGGCUACGCAUGGGCAAGGCCAUGGCCCUGUGUGACUGGAAGAGGCAGCUGAGAGCUUGGCGAGCUUGGCGAGCAGUUGUGUGGGCAGAACAAAAGCAGAGAGAGGUGGCAAGAACAGAGGAGGAGCUUCAAGCUGAAAAUAGACAAUGUCAACUGGCUGUGGAAAGUGACCGAAGACGUUUACUACAGCGAUCUCUAAAUGACUGGCAGCUCUGGUGUCGGAUGCAGAAAGAGCAACGAGAGCUCUUGGCUCAGCAGCAGGAAACUCGACGCAAGAUGGCUGCCUUAAUCAGUGCUGCAAGAACAGGCAAACUCAAGGCCACAGAAACCCCAGCAUAUCAGGCAGCAAUGACACCAACUGAGGUACCCAAACUACCAGAGGCAAGGCAGAAGGUGGAUCAUCAUGGGACAGGUACAGUAGCCCCUGAUGCUCCAGCACAACUUCAGGAUAAAACCCAUGUGGCCACUGCAGUUUCUGUGGCCCAGCCCACUCAGCCAUGGCAGGUAAGCCGGCGGCAUGUAGUACCAACUGCUGCUGAGCUCCACAAGGCACAGCAGAGAGACGAGAAUGGUGGCUUUGCCCAUUCAAAAAGUAUGGCAGCACCGGGCGGCCGAUUUGAGCACAGACAUGCAGUUCAGCAGCAGAUCAUCACACAGCAGAGGAAGCUGCUGAAGGAGCAGCAAGUCCAAAUUGCACGGCUGAAGGAGGAACAGAGCAUGAUGGGCUUAGAGCUGGAAGCACAGAAAACAGCGCAGCUUAUCCAGCUGUCAAGUCCAGGAGGCACAAAACUAAAGAGCCACAAAUGUGGUUCCACAGAGCAGAGGGCACUGAGGGUUACUGGACAACCUGACAGUCAAUGUACACCUCAGAGGAAAACCGUCACACGUCAGACAUGCCCCCAUCCAAUCACCACAGCUAUGGAGGCACGUGCACAAGAGCGUGCAGAACGAAGAAAGGAAAUCCAGGAACUGAAGAAAAAAAAAGAAGAGGAAAAGUUGGCUGAGAUGAAAGCGGCUGAAGAACAGAGGCAAAGGGAGGAGGAAGAGGAGAAACGCAGAGCAGCUGAAAAGAGGAGAGAGGAGAAAAGACAGGAAAGAGAGAGGGAAGAGGAGAAACAGAGACAACAGCAAAGGCAACAGGAGCUCACAAAGAUGGCCCGUCAACACUACCACAGAAUCUUGCUACUACGGCGAGGAAUAGCUCCAUGGAAACGCUUCAUUCAGCUCAGACAAGCCAACAUACAGCUGGCUGAGAGUCAUCGCAAUCUAUUCCUCCUGAGGCGAUGUACACUAGCCUGGCAGCAAUCAGCAAGAGCGUCCCUGUCUGAGAAAGAAGCUUCUGCUGACCAACUGCACCAGCACUUUUUGCUUCGGAGGAGCUUAAGCUGUUGGAAAAGAUUAAAGGACUGGCGGAUGAUUCAGGAGGAGAGAGCUGAGCGUUUCUAUCGUGCUAACACUCUGAGGAGGGUUCUGCUGGCUCUGCUCGAUCAUGUGACCCAGGAAAGGCUGGUGGAGUGGGACCGUCAGGAGCUGGCUCAGGAGCACAAUAGCAGACGGGUGUUGCGACGAUGUUUCCUGGCCUGGAGGCAGCUUCCAUGUCUGCUGCGAAAGGAAAGAGAGAGGGAGGAGCGGCGGAGAAAGCUCAGCCGGAUAGUGGCCGAGGUUGUGCCCGAAUUCCGCUCCUAUCUACUGUAAAAGCCUGACAGACGCCAUACCUGCAGGAGCGACAUUGUAUGUCUGCACAAAUACACAUCACAGGACGCAUACAUAAAACAGAAAACCAACAAACAUGUCACAUUUUUCACAUUUGUUUAAUAAAAAUAUAUAACAUGACUUUAAUGGACCCAACAAUUAUAAGAAUAGGAAAACGCUUUCAACAUCUUUGACGACCAAUAAAAGCAGCUGGAAUGGAAA